AUGACUAUCCCACUCGUCGUCUUCUUCAUCGCCACGCGCGCAUCCUAUGACUACCUCUUCCCCAAGAUCUACGAAGUGCCUUGGGAGCGGCUGUCUGAAGAGAAGGAGCGUGGCUUCACCAACCAUCAUGUCCCAGUCUCGCCAAAGGCCUCAUGA